AUACAUAUAAGUUACAUGAUGACUCAAAACAUAUUAAUAAAUAAAAAUAAAAUAUUAACUAAUUGUUAACUUAAAAUUAAUAUAUAUGCAUGAGACUUCAGAAUAUUAUCGUUAUAUUCAAUUAUGUAGUUUUGAAUAAAAACAUCAGUUUAUUUUUAUUUAAUUCUGAAGACAAUAUAUAGUACGUCAUACAUAAUCUUACUAAAAUAUUUACAUAUCUAAGAAAAUAAAUAUUUUAACUGCAAAUAAGAAUUUUAAUCAAAAUGAAGUAUAUUCAGAAUAAAAUAUUAUAAUUGAAUUAAGAGAAAUAGAUGGAAACCAAUAUACCCAAGUGAUAAACAAAUUGAUUGUUGAGCCAAAAAAUAACCAAACCGAUUACAUAUAACAUAUCGAAAAUCAUAUGAGUACCUACAACAAUUAAAAUCAUAAAAGUUUAAAUAGUGUUUCUUACGUUUGAAGAGUUGAUAGUUGUUAACUUAAAUUUUUGUACAUUUUAUUGUGUAUGCUUCUCGUUUGUGUGAGGCUUUGGUUUGUCAUGAAUCAUAAUACGUUUGAUGGAGUUUUCCCUUAAGCUUCUGACACUAAGCUAAUUCAUGAAAGAAAGAAACACAUAGAACGAGAUUGUCACAGUGUUUGGGAUGAGGUUGAUCUUCACUCUUCACAUUCGUACUAAAGACCAACUCGCAGAUAUUCUAACUAAGGCGCUUGACAAGCACCAAGUUGGGUGUUACGAUCUCCACGCUCUAACUCGAGGGGGAGUAUUUGGAAAUUAGGAUAAUUUCCAAUUCUUAGAUUUACAUUCCAAAUCUAUUUAAAAUAUAUUCUAAGUCCAAAUCUAUUUAAGAUAUAUUUCCAGUUCUUGUCUGAAUAUGGUGUAAGCUGCAACAUUUGUCAAUAAGAAAGUCUUCUCAGCAAUCUGAAUACUCUAUUUACACCUCAAAAACGGGUCCUUCUUUAAUCUGAGAUUGUUGCAAGACCGAUUCUUCUUGAUCUUGAAAAUAACUGCAUCAUUUUUCUUCUUUUGACUUGAGCAAAGAUGACAGCAAUCAUCCUUGACUUUCAGAAAUGCUUCAUCUUUAUCUUCCUAUGCUUCUUCCCACUACUCUGUUACACUAUCUUCUUGAGGAAGCCAAAGGACUUUCCUUUGCCUCCUAGCCCUCCUUCUCUACCCAUCAUCGGUCAUCUUCACAUUCUUCUCUCUAUUCUAAUCCAUAGAUCUUUACAGAAACUCUCCUCCAAGUAUGGUUCUAUUCUCUAUCUCCGCAUCUUCAGUUGCCCCAUAGUCAUUGUCUCCUCAGCAUCAGUUGCUUAUGAGAUCUUUAGGGCACACGACGUUAACAUCUCCUCUCGCGGAUUCCCUCCGACCGAAGAUUCCCUUUUCGCUGGUUCUUUCAGCUUCAUCUCUGCUCCAAAUGGAGAUUACUGGAAGUUCAUGAGGAAGGUUCUUGUCACCAACCUUCUAGGACCUCAGGCUCUCAAGCGGUCACAAAGAAUUCGUGCUGAUGAGCUAGACAGGUUUUACAAUAACUUGUUCGAGAAGGCAGUGAAUAAAGAGACCGUGGAGAUCUUUGAGGAAGCGUUUACGCUCACUAACAACAGCAUCUGCAAGUUGAUCAUGGGGAGGUGUUGUCCAGAGGAGGAAGGUGUGAUGGAGAGUGUCAAGGGAUUAGCUACUGAGUUAGAUGAUUUGUCGAAGACGAUUAUGCUGGCAAACCUAUUGCCCCCAUGGUUACAGAAGCUUGUUCUCUCACUGUUUAAAAAGGAAUUGAAGGUUAUUUUAAACAGCUUCAAUGAGCUGCUCGAAAAGAUUCUUGUGGAACACGAAGAGAAGCAGGGAGAGAAUCAUCAUGAUAUGGACUUGAUGGAUGUGUUAUUGGCAGCUUAUGGAGACGAAAAUGCAUCGUAUAAGAUCACUAGGAACCAUAUAAAGUCGUUUUGUGUGGAUCUUUUAUUUGCAGGCACUACCACCCCGGCGAUACCAAUACCGUGGAUAUUGGCAGAGAUCAUCAAAAGCCCCAAGACUCUUGAGAGACUGAGAGAGGAACUCGAUUCCGUGGUGGGGAAGACAAGGUUGAUUCAAGAAACAGAUUUACCAAACCUCCCUUAUUUGGAAGCAGUGGUCAAGGAAGGGCUAAGACUGCACCCGCCGGAGCCUAUCUUCGAGAGAUUCUCCCAAGAAGGGUGUAUGGUAGGAGGGUUCUAUGUACCAGAGAAAACAACUCUAAUGGUUAAUGCUUAUGCUCUGAUGAGAGAUCCAAAUUACUGGGAAAAUCCUGAUGAGUUUAAGCCAGAGAGGUUUCUAGAUACAAGGAAAGAUGAGAGAAAAGAUCAAACACUUAAGUACAUUCCUUUUGGAAGUGGAAGAAGAGGUUGUCCUGGAGAAAAUCUAUCUCAUAUCUUUAUGGGAACUGCAAUAGGAGUGAUGGUGCAGGGAUUUGAAUGGAGAUUCAAAGAAGAGAAAGUUAACAUGGAAGAGGCUAUUGUAGGACUGUCCUUGACUAUGGCUCAUCCUCUUAAGCUCACUCCUAUUGCUCGAAACCCAAACCCUCUAAUUCUCAAUCUAGAGAGUCGCGGUUAAUGACUUUUUUUAG